AUGGGUGAUCUUCCCGUGGAAAGAGUUCGUAGUUGUAAUCGUUCAUUUACCACAACGGAUUUGGACUACACGGAUCCAAUCCAAGUUCGGGAAAGCCGACGACGAGGAAGGAUCCACAUAAGUAAAAGAUACAUCGCAAUAUUUGUAUGCACUAGUACUAAAACAGUGCAUUUAGAGAUCGUAACCGAUCUUACAAUCGACUCAUUCCUAACAGCUUUGCGCCGAUUUAUCGCUCGAAGAGGAUUAUAUGCUCAAAUAUUCUCUGACAACGGAACGAAUUUCGUUGGCGCUGCUAGACAUCGCAAGGAAUUGUACGAGUUCAUGAACAAGGAACAAGAAAUGAUUAAAUCGGAAUUGACGGAUCAACGCAUAGAGUGGCACUUCAUUCCGCCCCGGGCGCCUAACUUUGGUGGGCUAUGGGAGGCGGCGGUGAAGAGCACAAAAAGACAUUUGUUCACCGUAACAGAAGGACGUAUCCAUACAUACGAAGAGUACAGUACGAUUCUCUCCCAAAUAGAAGCUGUGCAAUGUUGA